AUGUCAUUUUUCAAAAGAUGUUUAGAUAGACCAGAAAUUAGUAACGCUAAGCGUUUUGUUAAAAACAUAAUUCAUGAGGAAGAUGUCGAUUAUUCGCAAUUUGAAACAAAAAUCGAUGGAACUGAAAUUGUGACAUUUCGCGAAAAUGAUGGGCAAUUCAGACUAUUCAGGACGAAUGUACAUGUGAAGAUUGGAGCAUACAUUGCAUGUGCGAUUGGAUUUGCUAUAACCAUUUCUUAUUGCAUCACCUAUACCUUCUAUCAUAAUCGUGGCCUAGGACGGAACCCUUUUAUCGAUCAAUUGGAAUUAUGUGAUCUCAUUUUCGCAUUCAUUGUGGGAUUGCCUUGCCAUGUUUUACUAUUCUUCGGAAUACGAAAAGAUAACAAAAAACUAUUCACGCCGUUUCUCGUUUUUUAUCUCACGAACUUCAUACUGAAUUGCGUCUUUACUGUUCUAACAAUUGCGGCUGUUCUCAUGGAUAUUCAUCGAAAGAUAUUUGGAAAUAUUCGAUACGAUAUCAGCUGGACAUUAUUUCAAAUUUUGUUUACUGCCGCUCAAGGCCUGGCCAUCUAUGUGGUUAUGAGAUGUAGGAAGUACGCAUCAGCAAAGGGCCAUUGGAAGAAGACGAGUGCAGAGAGAAACAAUUCUUCUAUAAUUGCUGACGGGGUAACAGUCGAUGCUUGA